ACCUACUCUGUCUUCCAGACUUCAGGCCAACUGCCAGUGGAGACAGACUGAGGCUGCCCAAAUGGAGUCUGGGGUGGCAGUGACCUCACCUCCCACAUCGGUGGUUGCCCCCACAUCACAGACCCCCGCCCUUACACCCCCCAACCUCUGCUCAAAGCAGAGAGAGAGUAGCAGGAAGACUGCUACCAGCACCACCCCAUCCUUUUUGUCCAAUCUGGGCAAGCCCACCCUACGAGGGAUCAGGAAAUGUCCCCAGUGUGGCGUUUUCAACGGCACCCGCGGGCUUAGCUGCAAGAACAAGGCUUGUGGAAUCGUCUUCAGAGGUGGGGGGGCUGUGGGGGGAGGUAGAGGGGCCAAGAGAGGGGCGGUGGAGGUGGUGCGGGUGGUGAUUGACGGAGGAGGAGGGGAAGAGGAAGAGGGGGGUGAAGGAAGAGGUGGUGAAUCCUCAGGUGGAGGUGCGCAGGUGUUCUCUGUCUGUCAGCGAGUGAGAGGGGUGGGAGCGGCUGCAACACAGCGGGGGUUCAUAGAGCUUGUCCCCACAGAUACGACCAUUGCCACGAGCGAAGGGGCGACCCUGCUGACCCGGGUCAACGUGGGCCGCUGCUUCCUGCCCACCUGCCGCCAUGCCCACGGUCAAAGGUCAGGCCAGAGCCAAUCACAGCAGGCCGCUGUUCUGACCAACCCCCCGUCCAAGCAGGGUUUGUCUAACUCCGUCUCUCCCUGUGUCCACGUGAAGCAGGCCAUGGCGUGCCAGGCGCAGGCCACCCCUCUCCCCCUGAAGAGCUCUAUCCUGGAGGGGCUUCAGGCCUCAGCCGAGGCCAGGGAAGAGCUCUGGAGGCUGGCUACUGAGUCCCCGGGACCCCUGGUCCAGAGGGUGAACAAAGAUACUCUGGUGGUGAAAUGUCACAGUGGACCAAGUCAUCCUUUGGGGCUGCUGCACCUAACUGUAGGCGUGGGGGGGUCUGCUGCUGGGGGGAAGGGGAAGGUCAGAGAGGGGGCUGUGUUUCAGUGUGCCUGUCAGGGGGGUGUCAGAGGAGGUACGGCGGGGGGAAGAGUGGCCAUGGAGACCUCUCAGGAUGGGGAUGGGAAGGUGAGAGGGUCCUCAGGUGGCGUCUCCUCUGGUGUCUUACCUGACUCCACCUCUCGGCCUGGUGCUGAUGCUGGCCCUGUAGCUCCAUACCUCUGCCUCCACUUCUAUGCCUGUGUCUGUGCCUUCACCAGCGACGAGAAACUGGCCUCAGAGUUCACAGGUUUCCUCAACUACAGCUCCAAUGGUAGGGCCCUAGGAGAGGGAUUGAUAUGAGUGUGUGUGAUCUUUGCACUUUGUGUAAUAUGUCAUAUGGUGUAUGUACAGUUGAAGUUGGAAGUUUACAUACACCUUAGCCAAAUACAUUUAAACUCAGUUUUUCACAAUUACUGACAUUUAAUCCUAGUAGAAAUUCCCUGUCUUAUGUCAGUUAGGAUCACCACUUUAUUUUAAGAAUGUGAAAUGUCAGAAUAAUAGUAGAGAGAAUUAUUUAUUUAAGCUUUUAUUUCUUUCAUCACAUUCCCAGUGGGUCAGAAGUUUACAUACACUCAAUUAGUAUUUGGUAGCAUUGUGUUUAAAUUGUUUAACUUGGGUCAAACGUUUCGGGUAGCCUUCCACAAGCUUCCCACAAUAAGUUGGGUGAAUUUUGGCCCAUUCCUCCUGACAGAGCUGGUGUAACUGAGUCAGGUUUGUAGGCCUCCUUGCUCGCACAAGCUUUUUCAGUUCUGCCCACAAAUGUUCUAUAGGAUUGAGGUCAGGGCUUUGUGAUGGCCACUCCAAUACCUUGACUUUGUUGUCCUUAAGCCAUUUUACCACAACUUUGGAAGUAUGCUUGGGUUCAUUGUCCAUUUGGAAGACCCAUUUGCGACCAAGCUUUAACUUCCUGACUGAUGUCUUGAGAUGUUGCUUCAAUAGAUCCACCUAAUUUUCCUUCCUCAUGAUGCCAUCUAUUUUGUGAAGUGCACCAGUCCCUCCUGCAGCAAAGCACCCCUACAGCAUGAUGCUGCCACCCCCGUGCUUCACGGUUGGGAUGGUGUUCUUCGGCUUGCAAGCCACCCCCUUUUUCCUCCAAACAUAAUGAUGGUCAUUAUGGCCAAACAGUUCUAUUUUUGUUUCAUCAGACCAGAGGACAUUUCUCCAAAAAGUAGGAUCUUUGUCCCCAUGUGCAGUUGCAAACCGUAGUCUGGCUUUUUUAUGGCGGUUUUGGAGCAGUGGCUUCUUCCUUGCAGAGCGGCCUUUCAGGUUAUGUUGAUAUAGGACUCGUUUUACUGUGGAUAUAGAUACUUUUGUACCUGUUUCCUCCAGCAUCUUCACAAGGUCCUUUGCUGUUUUUCUGGGAUUGAUUUGCACUUUUCGCACCAAAGUACGUUCAUCUCUAGGAGACAGAACGCGUCUCCUUCCUGAGCGGUAUGACGGCUGCGUGGUCCCAUGGUGUGUAUACUUGCAUACUAUUGUUUGUACAGAUGAACGUGGUACCUUCAGGCGUUUGGAAAUUGCUCCAAAGGAUGAACCAGACUUGUGGAGGUCUACAAUUUUUUUUCUGAGGGCUGAUUUCUUUUGAUUUUCCCAUGAUGUCAAGCAAAGAGGCACUGAGUUUGAAGGUAGGCCUUGAAAUACAUCCACAGAUACACCUCCAAUUGACUCAAAUUAUGUCAAUUAGCCUAUCAGAAGCUUCUAAAGCAAUGACAUCAUUUUCUGGAAUUUUACAAGCUGUUUAAAGGCACAGUCAACUUAGUGUAUGUUACUUCUGACCCACUGGAAUUGUGAUACAGUGAAUUAUAAGUGAAAUAAUCUGUCUGUAAACAAUUGUUGGAAAAAUUACUUGUGUCAUGCACAAAGUAGAUGUCCUAACCGACUUGCCAAAACUAUAGUUUGUUAACAAGAAAUUUGUGGAGUGGUUGAAAAACAAGUUUUAAUGACUCCAACCUAAGUGUAUGUAAACUUCCGACUUCAACUGUAUGUGUGCGCUGCUGUACCUGUAGGAGACUCUGUUAUCAUCUGUACUGCAGGUGUACAACAGAAUUCGGACUGCACAGUCCUCUGUCGCUCCAGCCCACCUCAGCUGCCUGAACCAAUCACCACUCACAAAUCCAAGAGACUCCGUCUGGAGGAGCACCUCAUUGGUGAGCUGCCCUGUAAAUCACACUGUUCAUCCAAUAGAAGUGCGAGUGCCUCAUCAUCGAAAUAGGACCUUCUGUAUGUUCUUUGAAAUCUGCCUGAGCACGAUUUUUUUCUCUCAAUCUGUCCUUCUCUGUGACCUUCUCUCCUCUUUUUCCUCUUUGUCUCUGUCUCCUCUGUCUCUGUCUCUGACUCCUCUGUCUCUGUCUCUGUCUCCUCUGUUACUUUCUUCUUCCUUUUCUCCUGUCUGUCCCCUCUCUCUGUCUCUUCCUCCCUCCUCUCUUCUCUCUCCUCCCUCCAUCCAGCUGUAUGUCCUGUAGGGUGGGUGGGGGUAGGGGUGGGUAGAGAUGGGGGGCAGCCCCCCAGCCAGAGGAGGCCUUAAUAAUAAUAAUAAUAAUAAUAAUAUGCCAUUUAGCAGACGCUUUUAUCCAAAGCGACUUACAGUCAUGCGUGCAUAAUUUUUUUUUUUGUGUAUGGGCCUUGUCAGAGGAAAUCUCCUGUCCUUGUGCUCCUGUUUCUAUUGGGCUCAAGAACCCAGGUGCAGCCUGCCUGCCUGCCUGCCUCCUUUCUCUGUCUCUUGCCAACUGCCUCCGUCCUGUCCGUCUGUCCUCCUUUCUGUCUCUCACUGCCUUUCUCACUGCAUUUCUCACUGCAUUUAUGCCCCUUAAGGGUAUCCAAUGAACCACAUAUUCUUGAGCAUUAAAAGGUAAUAUUAUAUUAUGAUAUCUUUUUUUAUUAAUUAUGACGUGUCAGGGAGCAGCCAGCCUGUGGAUGAGAGCCUGGUGACCCUGGGGUUCCAGCAGUGGCUAGCCAGCGUUACAGAGCGGAUCCACCUGACCAUGCACUACCAGUUUGAUGGUAACACAUACACACACACACACAGCCCUCCGGCCCUUUUGAGUUUGUUUAAUUGAUGAUGAUGAUGACGAUGUUGUCUCCAGGUAAGCCGGAGCCUCUGCUGUUCCACGUCCCCCAGGUGUUCUUCAACGCCCUGCAGCACCGUCUGUCCCUGGGCUCCAAGAAGAGACGGCUGCCCAAUGCUACCUCAGGUAACCCUUAACCCUAACCCAACCCAACCCUGACCCUAAUUCAACUACAGUGAGCUCCAAAAGUAUUGGGACAGUGAAACAUGUUUUGUUGUUUUGGUUCUGUAUUCUAGCACUUUAGAUUUGAAAUGAUACAAUGACUAUGAGGUGAAAGUCCAGACUGUCAGCUUUAAUUUGAGGGUCCCAAUACUUUUGGUUCCCUAAGACGGGGGGGGACUAUGUACAAAAAGUGCCGUAAUUUCUAAACUGUUCCCCGAUAUGGAUGAAAAUACCCUCAAAUUAAAGCUGACAGUCUGCACUUUAACCUCAUAGUCAUUGUAUCAUUUAAAAUGCUGGAGUACAGAACCAAAACAAAAACAAAAAAUGGUCACUGUCCCAAUACUUUUGGAGCUCACUGUAUAACUCUACAAAUGAGCCUACUCUAAGCCUAACAUAGACUCGGACACCCAGGCUUUGUUUCCAUUGUUCGGAACGCCUGGGGAACUUGUCUGAAGAAAGAUGCUAAAAGUGCGGUGGAGUCUAGAUUAAUGUUAGUGACGCACUGCCACCUAUCAAAUCAAUUAAAUAUUUUGAUUGGGUGGAGCUCCAAACAGAGGAUAUUUUUCUAAAACCUUUUCUGACUUGCAACAAGCUAACUAGCAUAAGAUACAAAAAAGAAGGCAGCAUAGGCUACUAAAAUGUUGUCUAACCCGGUAGAAAAAGAGGCACAAACAAAACUAGGAAAAACAAAAGGGAAAAAACAACUAAAUGUAAUUUCUACUCCAAGACAAUCAAAUGCGAGCGUUAACAGCCAGCACUCCAAUUCAAACGCAAAAUCCAAUACUGAAGUUCUCCAGAUUUCCAAUAUUUCAGUCAACAAGAUGAGAUUUGGAAAGAUGGCCUCACGAGACUAACCCUAACACAACUACAGGUAAACCUUAACCCAACACCAACCAUAACCCUAACCCUAACCCUGAAGUAACCACCAGUUUUAGGCUAAGUUAUCUUUUUGUUUUCUUUGGUCAGCGUUUGUGAGGAAUGAUGAUCUGCCCCAUGGCUCCUUCUCCAAGUACACCUGGCACAUCACCAACCUGAUGCAGGUGAAACGCAUCUUCGACACCCCAGAGGUCAGCUCUCUCUUCUUCACUCCUCCCCAUCUCCCUCCUUCAUCUCAUCCACUCACAAAGUCUUCAGACUGCUCAUGUCAUGUAUUUACGAAAGGGUGUUGGUAUGUUUUGGUUUUAGUCACUCCGUGACUUUCUCUCUAUCUCACCAUGCAUUCUUCUCCCUCUUUCUGUCUUCCUCUGUCUGUGUAGCUGCCCCUGGAGUUGACCCAGAGUUUUGUGAAGAACAGUGAUGGUUCCUACUCUCCGUUCCGCUGUCCUGAGCCUCUUCCUCCUGACCCCACUGAGGGCUACAGCCGGACGGACAGAUCCCAGGCCAUACGACCCCUGGAGCUACGCACAUUCCUCGAAGUCGGUCAGUGUGUGUGUGUGUGUGUGUGUGUGAGCUGGGUUGGACUGGUGUGUGUGAUGUCAUAUGAGCUGAUUUCUUCUGAUCACCACAGGACUGUGUACAGCGGAUCAGAAGGAUCCCACUCCCUUUGUGAUCGAGUGGAUCCCAGACAUCCUGCCUCGCUGUCGCGUCGGAGAGCUUCGCAUCCGCUUCCAGUACGGUCACCAGCACGGAGGACAGACGGAAUACUGCGACGGAACGCCGGGACGCAUCGGAGGGGGAGGGGGGACAGAGAGGGGGGGUCGCAAGUCAUCAUCAGAGACCUCCCAUCCCAAACAAACUGUAGAAGUACCACAGGGAACUGUCCCA